ACACCUAGAGUAGUCAUAGAAUCUAAAGAGCUAGGCAUUGAGUUGUUAUUGAUAAUAAAAUACACAUAAAUUCCUUGAAGUUUAUUUUUAAAUGUCUAUUUUGUAUAAUCGAAUGUUUCAAAUGUCAGGAAAAGUGCUAUUUAUUGAAUACUGUGCUAUUUUGUGUAUUUUUAUAGGAGCCUCGACGAAGCUGGUGACAGGAGGCAUCAUGAAUGGUGAUUACUUUCCUCAAAAUCAUGCCUUUGAUUCAGAACAACAGUUUGGAGGAGCUUACCACAGAAGUGUCGAAGCAACCACAGAGUGUGUUCCUUCAUCAAAAACCAAUUCUAAUAUUUCUCUAAGUGGACCUAUGAAUAACCAAAAUGCCGCUAAUCCAUCAAAGAACAAUGAAAAUAAUUUGGCCACUGGCGCUGCUGGUGCUGCUGGUGCUGCUGGUGCUACUGGUGCUACUGGUGCUGCUGGUGCUGCUGGCGCUGCUGGGCCAGCAACCACAGUUCAAGCAGAAAGCGCACCAAGUGCUUCAGUAUCCAAACUUUAUGCUCUUGUGCAGCACAUUUAUGCUGCACAAGCAAGAGUCCAACUUGAAGUAAAUGAAAUUAAGAAAGCUCAAGCGGUAGCAAAUUCUGCCCAGAAGACCCUAGAAGAAGCCUCAAAUAAUGUUCGUGUUAUAACAUCUGCAUUACAGGCUGCCCAACAAGAAGUUGCAACUGCUGCAGUUCGAGCACAAACUGCUCAAAUGCAAUUAGCUGCACAUGAUCAAUUACUUUUUGCUGCACGUCAAAAAGUUGAUGCACUAUCUUCACAAAUGGUUGGGUUGCAGGUAGAAGAUGGAGUUGCUUCCCCGAAAAAUUUAGUAAAUGUUCAAGGACUGAUGUCACAAUUAAAACAGCCUCUGCCCCAAAAUCAAACACCUACUCCGAUACCAGCAGUUGAUAAACCUCCUAAUGGUGGUGAAGGGGAUAUUGGUGGUGGUAAGGGACUUUUGGAUUAUGAUUACUUUGCUUAUGAUUCAUUUAAUUAAUGAUAACAAAAAUAUGUGCGUAUGAAUGGUUGUGGUGUAGAUUCUUGUUUGUAUUUACAUAAAUGUAUUUAUUUUCGUUUUGUUUUCAAUACUUAAUUAAACAAAUAAAAUAUAUUUAAUAAAUUAA